AUGUCUGCCCCAUUGAAUGGGUUCAGAUCUGUGCCAGCAGGGCUGCUGAAGGAUGGAGCACCAGUGUUGAUCGCAGAUGGCAUCCCGAGUGGCAUAUCUGUGGGCUGCCAGCUUGCUUUGCUCCUCUGCAUCUCUAGAGACACGCUCACGUGUUCUCAUGACUCCAGCAUGACUGUGGUGCUCCUGGGUCUGGCACAUGUCACUGGAUUUCCUGGGGCAUCUUCAACCCAACAUGAGGCCAAUGAGCUCCAGUUCCCCUCUCCUUGGUUACAGAGGACCCUUUUUGCUUUAUGUGUGCUUGAACAGAUUGUUAUUGUUAAUGUUCAGUUUUCUCCUGUCAUUGCAGAUCUCGUCAUUAGAGUGGCAAAGGAUAAAUUCGGAGCCAUACAAUCCGAGUACCAGAAGCCAGAAAACAUUGUUCUGACGCUACAGGUGAUUUACUAUGAGCUUGGUUUUGUGGUGUGCGCGGCACUGGGCCUGCUGUUCACCGUGCUGCUACCGCUGGUGGGGCUUCUGUUUUGUUUGUGCCGCUGCUGUGAUAACUGCGGAGGAGAGAUGCACCAGAGACAGCGGAAGAACGCAGACUGCCUUAGAGGACUGCUGACCACACUGUUACUCACCACCACCUUCAUUAUCACGGCAGGGGUCCUUUGUGCGUAUGCAGCCAAUCAGAACCUGAGUUCUCAGCUGAAGAGCAUGAGGAGGUUGGUGAAGAGUAACCUGAAAGACCUGCACACCUUCGCCAAUCAGACCCCAGCACAAAUUGAUUACCUGAUCUCCAAGUAUGACACCGUGAAGCAACAUGUGCUGCAUGACCUGGAGAAUGUAGGUGUGAUCUUGGGUGGAAGGAUACAUGAGGAGUUGGGAAAAGACGUGCAGCCCGCCCUCAACGGGGUUCUCAGCAUGACUGGAAUUAAAGUGGAGAAAGCCAUUAAAGCAAUGCGAGACACUAAGGAUGCUCUAGAGAAUGUGAGUUUGAGCUUGGAGACUUUACAGGAAGGAACAGUCAAACUGCAGGCGAACCUCAGCCUGGUACGUGGCAGCCUUAGCAAUGCCCUCAACGAUCCUGUCUGCACACAUCCACAAUCGUUUGAGAUUUGUCACAACAUACGAAGCACCCUUCCCAAGCUAGAAAUUGCAGCCAACUACUCAUCGUUGACUGAUGUGACCAACCAAUUAGACAAAGUGAAUGAAGUUCUAAAGACAGAUCUUGGUCAGAUUGUGGAAAAGGGCUUUGCAUCAUUCAAUGACACUCCCAACUUGGUGACAGAUCAAACCCGAAAUAUUGUGGAAGGGGUGAAGGUUCUUCUGGACGAUGUUGGAUCAAAUGUCACCACUUUCACCAAGCUCUUCCCGGUUCACAGCACUCUGACCAACUUCACCAAAAUGAUCUCUCACACACACUCGCAGAUCGAGGACAUAUACCCUCAGGUCGAUCAGAUGGAUUUCUACAGGUGGAUCUGUUGUAUCACCCUGUGCUGUAUGGUUGUGCUUAUCCUCACCUUCAAUUUUCUGGGUUUGUUGUGUGGUAUUCUGGGAUUUGACAGGCACGCCACUCCAACCACACGUGGCUGUGUCUCUAACACAGGAGGCAACCUGCUCAUGGCAGGUGUGGGCUUCAGCUUCCUGUUCUCCUGGGUGCUCAUGGGAGUGAUAACAGCUCUGUUCUUGGCGGGUGGGAAUUUAGAAAAGCUUGUGUGCGAACCCUUUCAAACCCGACAGCUGUUUAAGGUGUUAGAUACUCCCAACUUGGUCAACUCUGCUUGGAAAAACUUCAUACCAGGAUACCUGUACAAUGAUCCUGAGUUGGACCUUACAGCAUAUUCUCUCUACAGUAAUUGUAAGGACAACAGAGGGAUUUACUCAGCUCUUCAUAACACCAGCGUUUACUCCAAGGAUGUGUCGAGGAAGUUUGAAGGGAUGAAGGUGGACCUGCGUGGCAUCAUUCUUCUGGAGUCAGAAGGCAAACAGAAUCUCAUCAGCUUCACUGAAACUGGCAUUAAUGAGAUUGACUUUGCUGCCUAUUUGGAGGAGGUUAAUAAAGGAGUGACUCGCAUAGAUCUAGUUGAUUUCGCUAGUCGACUUGAUGCUCAAGCUGAUCAGUUGUCUAAAGGGACCUUGCAGACCUCAUUAAAGGGACACGCUAAUACUAUAAGGCAGAUCCACAUCCAACAAGUCAUCCCACUGGAGAAGUCCAUGAAAUAUGUGAAAGCAAGGAGCACACUUAAUCAGAGCAUCAGACUUCUGGAGAGGACAUCCUCAGACCUGCCUGUCAGAGUUAGAGACGUACUAGCAGCCGUUGAUGCCGCCCAGUACCUAAUUUCCCACAAUGCAACAUUUGUGAUCAAUCAGGAAACCGAGAAAUACAAGCAGACUAUUAUUGGCUAUUUCAAGCAGUAUAUUGACUGGAUCAGAACAUCUCUGGCCUUGGAGGUCGCCACCUGUAAACCACUCAGCAACAUUGUGGACACGGCCGAGAUCCUGGGCUGCAGUUUCCUGCUGGAUUCAAUGAACACAUUCUGGUUUGGAUUGGGCUGUUCCACACUGUUUCUGCUCCCUAGCAUUAUCCUGUCUGUCAAACUUGCCAAGUUCUACCGCAGAAUGGACACAGAGGAUGUCUAUGAUGACAUUGAGACAAUUCCCAUGAAAAAUAUGGAAAUUGGUAUUAAUGGUUAUUAUAAUGAACAUUUAGAAGGUAUCCAAAAUCCUGUAAUGGCAAGCAUCCCUACUUAUGACACUAUGACUCGAUUCCCACGGGCCUCAGCGCCCCCGCGCCACGCCGACUGGUGACUUUGAGGAGGACGGUCUGUCUUGUAACUACAGAAAGUGAUAUUGGAAACUGGAAUUAAACCUUUGUGGAAUACUCUCUCUGUCAACGGCAGACUCAGCUCUUAAGAAAAGGAAACUCACAUACUUGAAGCUGGGACCUGUCCAUGUUCCCAUCACAUCAAGAUGACUCGAAUUCUUGUUGUUUUAACUAUUUUGCACCCUUAUGAUUAUAGUACUGUCUUAUGGACUGUCCCCUCAACGAGCUAUUCUCUGAUGUCACAUCCUGUCAUAGUCAGGGAGGCUUCACAGUAUAUGGCUGUUUUAACUACUACAUGAGUCUUUGUUUACAGUCAUUGAGAAAUCACGUGUGAUGAGCAUAACAAUGCUUCGACUGCUGCAUUCUUAUUUUCUUUGUGUUUCUUUUUUUCUUUUAACACUGUGGAGAAUUCAACAUGUUGCUGAGUCUUGUCCACUGAGCGGCCGAAUGGAUUUUUAUUGAAACAGA